GAUCAGAUUGUCCCAUAGGCUAUUCCUAGCCUCGUGGACGUUAAAAUUCUUUCUUCUUCUUCUUCUACAACCACUCUAGCCUAUUUUCAUUGGUUGAGAUGUCCCAUGAUCUUUAUUCAUCAAUAUUGGGUAGUAUGUAUCUGCAAGCAUUUCUGAAUGUCGCAGCUACGUGGGUAUCAGUCGAGAGCUGAAGUGCAUUGAAAAUAUCCUUUGAUCUUUAGUCAUCAAUACAAUGAACUCGUCCUAAUUGAUGGCCUCUUUAUCAGUUGUGAGGGCAAAAUCCAAGUCCAUUUUAUUGAAGUACGCAUAUGCAAGCAUUUCUGAAUGUCGCAGGUACGUGGUUAUCAAUCGAGGAUUGAAAUGCGGUGAAAAUAUUCUGGGCAAACCAGAGGUCUUAGGAUUAGAAGUAUCACAAUCUGAAGAAUGUAGAUGGUUUUCCUCCUCUGGCAUUGGGAACCUUUCCCUGUGGAGAGGUAAAAAGAAAAUAAUGAGUAGAGAAGGGCUACUUGUGGUUCAGGAGCUCAAGCGAUUGAAACAGGAUAAUGAACGCAUUCAAAAGUUCAUGAAAAGCCAUGUCUCUAGACUUUUGAAGUCCGACCUUCUUUCCGUACUUGCGGAAUUCCAACGCCAGGACGAGAUUUUUCUAGCCCUUAAGAUCUACAAUGUUGUUCGCAAAGAAAGUUGGUACAAACCAGACAAGCCAUUCUAUAGGGAUAUGCUUUUUACUUUAGCCAGAAAUAAGAAGGGAGAAGAAGCAAUGCAGGCCUGGCAAGAUAUGAAGAGGGAGAAUAUAGAUUUAGAUCAGCAUACAUACGGAGAUAUUGUACGGGCAUUCUUAGAUAAUGAACUACCCUCGGAGGCUAUGAAAAUAUAUGAAGAGAUGAGGCAAUCUCUUGAUCCACCACUGGAGUUACCUUAUAGAGUAAUUCUGAAGGGUCUUCUACCUUAUCCUCUAUUAAGAGACAAAGUUAAACAAGAUUUUCAAGAAUUGUUUCCUGACAUACAAAUAAAUGAUAUUUCUGAAGAAAUGUUUGAUGAGUAUUAAAGAGAGGAAAUUAAACAAAGAUUUCAAAGAACUGUUCUCUGACAUCCAAAUAUAUGAUCUCCUUGAAAAAUUGUUAUUCGAUGAGUAAAGGUACCCUUUCAUUUUAUUUUCUUAUUUUGUCACUAGUACAAAAAAAUCUCAGUACUAUGGCGAUAAAUAUUUGAUCUUAGAUUCAACAUAAGAAAGAGGUUGAAAGGAAGUAUUAAACACAUUAUGAGUUGGAAGGCAAGUAUUGUCUCAUUAUGAGUUGGAAGGCAAGUAUUGCCUCAUUAUGAGUUGGAUCAAAUUUUGAGCAACAUUUUAUUCAGGCACAAUCUCCCAAUAAAUUGUGGCUCUUAUUUAUUCCAGAUGGUUUAUUUGGAGAUACAAGUUCUUGGCAAAUUGAUACCAAGUUUGUCAUUUUACACUUUCAGACCAUAAUUAAGUAUGCUCAUUUUUCAACAAGGAUUAGCAUUGGAGAA